GCAGGCAGAUGUAGUAAUAACAUAUGGUAAUAAUAUCUCUUUCGCUUGCAUGAAUAUAAUAUGUUUUGACAUUUUGUUGGCAUAUUUUGCCUAAAUCCCUCUUGUAUGCUUGCGAUGUGAUAGAGAAUGUUUUUCUACAUAAGAAAGUAGCAUGUGUCGUUGAUAUAAGUGAAAUUUUGCUUGCCCACGCCGUUGACAAAUGUGCUGUUGAUCUGCAAAUGUGCGAUAUCGUUGUUAAUAAUGGAGUGAGUAUACAAGCCAACUGAAAUGCAUCGAGUCAAGUACUUUUGAAAUACAAUCAGCAAGAGCAUAAACUACUACGGCUAUGGAAUCAUCUGGCGAGCGACGAGAUGAACAAACCAUUGGCAAUCAGAUGACGAAUAAGGAUAAGACAGCAUCUGGUCUAAUAGGUGUGCCCGGGAUAAAUGCCCAGUAUGUUAUUCCAACAUCUUCAGCCCAGAUAGAGGAGUUACUUAAACAAGGCUACCCACCACAGUUUGUUCUACAACAGUUACAAUUGGCACAGCUCGCUCAACACCAGUAUUCAGAGUUCUAUAAAAAGGUCAGGGCUUCGGAAUUGGAACCAAACUGGGAUCAAAAUAAUGGAAGGGAUGAAACGAGUGAUUCCAGCGAGGUAUCCACGUGGACUGAAGAAGAGAAUGAACGAAGUCCCAUCAAAGUGAAGAUUGAGCCUGCUGAUGCUGACGACGAGGAUGAUGAAGAGGUUAUAGACGGUUUCUCAGAGUUAAAGAGAAAUGAAAAACAAUCUGCAGAAAUCACAUCAAACCAGGUGAAACAACGGCUACAGGAAUUUGUAUUGAAUAAACAACAACGUGUGGCUGCGGUCUCUAGUGUACCUGAUACAAAUAUGUUUAAACGAUGGAACCUUAGUGUUGCCGAUGAUGAACACGAUGCUGUCAGCCCACUUGGUCGAUCUCGAGUGUCAAAUGGGGAUUCGAAUUUCCCUCUUCGCAAAACAGCCUCGGAACCAAACCUCAAAGCAAAAUCGAAACUACGAGCUAAGGUAUCGGAGCAUCGCUCAUAUCUUGGGGUUGGAAAUGUUGCCAUUCCGCGCCGUCGUGAGAGGAAUGGCACUAGGAUAACCAAGCUUGAUACAGCCGAGAACAACAACAAUAUGGACUCCUCCGAAAGCUCGUCACCCAGCUCACCCAUACAGUUCACCCGUGGUGGGGACUCCCCAGGCAGAGAGGAUCGUACAACUCCUCCGACGCCCCACGAGACACGCGUUCUCACGCCGUCUGAAUCAUUACCAAACAUUCGUUAUGGGAAGGUUACGCCUGUAGGAAUUCCAUAUGGCAAUCCUAUUUCUUUUGGCGCUGGCAGUCUUCCAAACCUGCAGAGUGUACCGGCCAACGUUGACCAAGCUCAGUUGAAUCAGCUGUUGCUGAACUCCGCGCUCGUGGCUGGCAUGUUACCACAGAACCAGGAACAAAGACAGUUCCACAAUCGACUACAGAAUCAAAUGCUAAGCCAGGUACUAUCGGAAGGUAUAGACGAGGAGGCCGAGGAUGGAGUGAAUGCGGCAGCCCUUCGCCAUGCUCAGCUCAAGGCGUUUGCUCUCACGCAGGCGCAGUUACAACACGCACAAGCGGCUGGCCUUUCAGCUGCAGGCGCUAUGGCGACAAACGGCGGUGCGAACGUUAGCGGGCAACCAAAUCCGCUGCGUCGGAGCCCGAAACUUUCUCCGCCCAGCAGCACCACGGUGAAACGACAUAGACCACUGCGUCAAACACAGUCGUUACCCAACAACCUGCACGCGCAGCAACAAUUCCAAAAACAAACGCAGAUACUUUUACAGCAACAUCAUCACACACAACUGUUGCGCCUGCAACAGCAACAGCAACAGGCGCUGCAUAACGAACUCUUGCGUCAGCAGCUAGGCCAGCAGAAGUUCGAACAACUCUUGUUGCAGCAGCAUCAGUCGAAAUUGCAGGCUGAAAAGGAUUCUAAGAUGCUAAAGGAGCGUUUGGAAGCCCAACAGAACAAGGAACUGAACGAGCACUUAGCCUUUUUGCAGCAACAAAGGGCGUUGAGUGAAGAUCAAGAGGCAAAUGCAGUUAUGGAACAAUUAAAACGCCAACACAAGUUAAUGCAACAACAUAUGAUUCCAGAACACGUGCACGGACUUAGUGCCACCCCUGCCGCACCUGCGCACGAUUCGAACACUCCAGCACAUCGGCCGCUAUCGCGCGCGCAUUCGUCACCGAUCGUUGUUAGUCGUAUUGCUGGGCAACCGGCGACAACGGGUCUUGUGUACGAUACGCUAAUGUUGAAACACCAGUGCACGUGUGGUGAUGUCAGUUCACAUCCAGAGCAUCCAGGCAGACUGCAGAGCAUAUGGGCGAGGUUACAAGAGACUGGAGUCGUGUCCCGUUGCGAGCGUGUCAGGUCGAGAAAAGCAACAUUAGCAGAAAUUCUUACUGUUCACAGUGAACAACAUACAAUGCUCUACGGUGGAAGCACACAAUUGAGAUCACGAGGAGAAAAUGGAGACAUGACGACGUUAAAAUGUUUCACAACGCUUGCUUGCACUGGCUUGGGGGUCGAUGCCGAUACGAUAUGGAACGAAGCACACAGUGCAAAUGCCGCCAGAAUGGCUGUCGGUUGUGUAACUGAACUUGCAUAUAAAAUUGCAUCGGGUGAUUUAAAGAAUGGUUUUGCAGUCGUUCGUCCACCUGGACAUCAUGCUGAAGCCCAUCAAGCCAUGGGCUUCUGUUACUUUAACUCAGUUGCUAUAGCAGCAAGAUUACUUAGGUUACGAAUGUCAGUGGAAAAGGUCCUCGUCAUUGACUGGGACAUUCACCAUGGCAACGGCACACAACAAAUGUUUUAUGAUGACCCGCAUGUGCUGUAUAUAUCCAUGCAUCGUCAUGACGACGGAACGUUUUUCCCCGGCACCGGGAAACCUGAGGAGUGCGGGGCUGGUGUUGGCGUUGGUUAUAAUGUGAACAUUGCUUGGAAUGGUGGUUUAGAACCCAUGUUUGGAGACACAGAAUAUCUAGCAGCGUUCAGGACCGUGGUUAUGCCUUUAGCAAGAGAAUUUGCACCCGACAUUGUUCUGGUUUCCGCUGGCUUUGAUGCUGCUGGGGGUCAUUCCCCUCAACUCGGGGGCUACGAAGUUUCAGCAGCAUGUUUUGCAAAUAUGACACGGCAGUUAAUGGAUGUCGCUGAUGGCCAAAUUGUUUUGGCCUUGGAAGGAGGAUAUUCCUUACCAACGUUGUGUGACUCUGCUGAGGCUUGUAUGAGAGCACUGCUCGGAGACGAGUUACCUCAACUUGCAGAAGAACACUUACGCAAUCGUCCGAACCGAAACGCCAUCCAGUCUUUAGAGAGAGUUUUAGCUGUACAUUGCAAGUACUGGACGUCGUUAAAACGUACGCAGAACCAAGUGCAAUAUUCCAUACUCGAGGCGAAAAUAAGGGAAAAAGAAGAGGCAGAAACAGUUUCGGCGCUGACUUCUCUAUCUUUGCAAGUCGGCGAAGGAGGUGUAAAAAAUUCUGACGUGACAAUGGAAGAAAUGGAGGCGUGAAAGGAUAACUGCAUGGAUAGCUUAAUCGCGUCCGUGUUGUCGUUUCCUUUCUGGCUUCCUCGGGUCUGCAAGGAGUGCUUUUUCCAACGGCACAUCUUCUAAAACACGUUGAUUGCCCCUAAAAUGUCCCCAUGCAAUGAGGAUCCUCCAGUCAUAUCCAUUUUGAAUUCUGAAUCUUCCUCACGAGCUCAAGGAAAUCGACUAUAGAGCACUUCAAAAGCUGUAAAAAGUUUACAACAUUAUUUAAAGAAAUAUCAUUCAACGAAAAAUGUUUUAUUGGCGAUGCCUAUAAGUUGCCAGUUCUAUCCGAAAAUGCAGUAUUCGUCGUAAUAACAAGCACACAUAGUAUAUAAGUUUAUGCUCAUCAUUACCCCGUGUAUAUAUGCUCAGGUGUAUGAAAAAAGGUAAUCCAACUUGCUGUCAUGCAUAACAUCCUGAAUUUUUACUUGCUCGUACCCUCGUUUCGUUUUGCACAGUUUUUUCAAUAGUUUCUAAAAUAAUAGAGAAAUUGUUUUAUAUAAGUACCCAAUUUUUCCUGUUAUGAAAUAGGAAAAGAACCAUUAAAAGAUCCAAGUAUCGAUCGUUCUUGUGGUGUAAUAAUUAUAUAUAAUAAAUUGUUAAACGCCAUUUAUAUUAAGUACGACAGUCCGUUAAAAUUUGAUUACCUUUCUUCAGUCAACCUGUAAAAGCGGGUGCUUAUAUUUCGCCAAGGGUGGAUUUAUAUUUGCAGAGAAACUGUUCGCUCUGACACUUUUCUAGAAGAAUCAGAAGCCGCCCAGUCGAAGAACCCAAAUACUCAGUCGAAAUUAAGAAGAAAACAUGCCAAUUUUUUCCCUGCAUGUGGAAAUCCACCCUGUAGAAAUUCUGAAAACAAUCCACUAUAUAAUAUAAUAAAUUUAAGUGGUAUGUCGAAAAGUUAUUUUUGUCUCGUUCAAAGUAACACUUUUUUACCUUUCCAACCUUUUAAUAUAUUUGUUGUUCGCAAUUUCAGUUGCUACGCAAAUAUAGCUAGUGUAUUUUAUUAGCCGAAAGUUUUAGAAACACUUUUAUUGGGCAAAAAUAAUAAUCGCUACCCAGUGCAUCCUUUAACAACCUCUGUGAUAAAAAGAAGAAUUUAAUCACUUUGUGAGAAAUAUAAGAAGAGUUCACGUGAUUGCAAACAAAGAAUUUGCAAGCAAAAACCUAUGCUAUCCGUCAUCCUGCUUAUAAUAAGAUGAAAGAUAUGUCUUUCGCAGUGGACUUAGUGGUCCCUCGUGCUUUUAGGCCACGCGGUUUUACUCGUCCUAAUGGCUAGCGAAUGUUUUUGUUCAAAAAAAUUUUGAAAAGAUUGGUAAAGUUAAUACAAAUGUGAAAAAAAUAGUUCUUUCGAAAAGGACAAAGAUAUUUUUCAAUACCAUAUAUCCCCUUAGCUCUAUAAAUACGAUAUUGAAUAGUCGUUGUUGAUAAAUGCUAAAACGGCAUCUGUGUAUCUCGAAAGGCGCAUGCGUCUUAUUUAUCUUCUUUAUUCUUAUAUGCGGGGUAAUGUGGUGCAUAUCGCUGAUUGUUUGAUAUAUUUCAUACAACGUUAAAAUUACAGAUAAUUUUCAAUAAAUAUAUUGGUAGUAAGUACACAUGUAAAGCGCUUGGGCCGAAAGCCCAUUUCUACGGAUUUUCCAUUGUUAUAUAUCUAUUGCCUGCAAGAAUUAGGUUGGCACAGUCUAACCCAAUAAUGGACAAUGGUAACUAUUAGACGUAGCUGUAAAUAAUGUUAGAGGUUGCACUUGAAGUUAUUUUUAGGCCAUAAUAGUAAUACUAGUGCGGCUAACUUUCUCAAACAAAAUACUAGGUAGAUUUUAAUUUUAGCUUAUAAUU